ACCGAAUCGAUUUGAAACGUAACAUGAAUGGGAUUAUUCGAUGCGUUUUGUAGAACAAUUCGUGAUUUUUUCACCAAACUGUGCUAUAUCAAAUCGCAAAAUUCUUCAACCAAACCUUUGAAUGCAACGUAUCGAACCAUUUUUCUCUAGAGUAAAUUGAACAAAAAUAGAGUUAAAUAAGUUAAACUUCAACUCGAAAUUGAUGAAUAGACUUUAGCUUUUCCUGUCGCAUGCUUAUUUCAAGGCCUGAUCAGUGUUUACACAGUUUCAGCAGGUACAGCCCUAGGGCUCCGCCAAAAAUAGCAGAUGACAGUGUGCUCCUCGGUUGUGCUUGACCCGGUGUUGCUGCCAAAGCUUGGCGUUUGCGACUUGCUGCGUUUUAUCGACGAAUGUGUGCCACACAUAGACAGAAUAGACGCAACUAGUUGAAACGAAGAUUGAAAAAAAGAAAUUUGAACCUACUACGAACGACUAAUUGAAGAUUAAAAAAUACGAUAAUUUCGGUAAUUAAGGUUAAGGAAGAUAAAGAAAACGAAAAAAAGAAAUGGCAGAAACCUCGGAAUUCGGACCGAGAAAAACGAUUUUCAUUCUCGCAAUUGUUGCUGGAUGUUUUGCAGUUCUUUGGCCAAGGAUUUUUUAUCCUAUGAUCACUUCUUCUGUUAUCUCACACCCAGCACCUUCCGACGGAUCCGCGUGCUGUGAUGUAAUAUUUGAGAGCGAUGUUAACGUGGUCGACAUCAUGCAAGAAAUGUGCCAAAACAUCGUAACACAUCACCAGGUCGAUCCCCGAGUCCGAGAUGCCUUGAGGACCACCAAACUGACGCCUCAGAGUAUCAGUUUAUGCCACGAAGAGGUGCUUGCAAGAUGUGGUAUAGACUUGUCUUCUUUCUUAGCAGAAAGAGAAAGACUUGGAAAAUCUUACAAGCAAGUAUUGGAAGAGAUAAGGUCUUUCAACAGUUCUCUCUGCUUAAAACUGAAUUUCGGAGUACCUUUAUCGCAGCUGGGAACGCCGCAUCUUAUAAGAUAUCACAUACUGAUGCCCCAUAGCAUUAUAAAACAAGAACGACGAACGCCCCCACAUGCCGGUGGGCUUCACCCGGCAAUGCGAGAACGUGGAAGAGCUAUUCCUUCUUCACAUAUUGUUCCGAAGAUAACUGAUCGACCUGAUCACAUUGCUGUACCAAAAAUGAGACCACCAAUGGGUGGUGCUGGACACGUUGUACCACCACCAAAAGGAAAUGGCACGAUGGGAAUUAUUAUGCCACUUUACACUCUUGGCAUCGUUUUGUUCUUUCUGUACACAAUCGUCAAGGUGCUACGAAAAAACGCUGACAGCGACGUACCGAACGAUUACCCGGUGGGUACAGCUGAGACGGAAUUCAGAAAAAUGGUAUUUAGUCCAGAAACUUUAACAAGUGCUGUCACAGGAACCUUGUAUAGACAAAAAAAAGAGAGAUCUCCUUCACUGCCUAGACCUGCUCCAACAUUAGAAGAAUUGAAGGCUCUAGUUGAUGCGGCUCCAAAAUCCAAUGGUCUGGCAGGGGCCGGUUUCAUUUCCAAGGAAACCUUGGUAUACUCCCAACUUGAAAUAAAUAGUGAUAAAGAAAUAGAAAAUAUCGAUGAUUCCUCACCGACGGUCAAAGUUGUGGGAAUGGAAAUGACCGCUAGUUGCAAAGAUGGGCAGAAAUGGAGUCGACCUAGUACCCCGGUGGUAUCAGCAGUUCAGAGCCACUCGGAACAGGACAAGAUACCCCCGAAGCCGAUUUAUCUUGAAGGAGCAUUACCAUCACAGUGUGAGCUUCUAGUAACAGAUUCUGAGACGCAAGCUGAAGAAUCCAACGUGGACGUACAAGCGCCCAUAGUCCUUUCUGGCAAAAUGACUCUUUCUCUCAUCAGUCUCGAUCAGAUAUCAUCUAAUCCUGGGAGUGAUGAUCAAGUCAAAGAGAAUGGGGUCGACGCCACAACCUGUGAGAACGACAAACAAGAUGGAAAAGAGGGAGAAAUUGGAGGAGCUGGAGAAGCUAAGGUCACGGCUAAUAAUAUACAAGUAAAUGGCAUUGAAGGGGUUAGGGGUAAGGCGAUAACAAGGGAAGAAGUUGAAGAAGCAAAGGAAGUGGAUGAAUAUGAAGAAUACAGAGCGGAAGAAGAGGAUAGUGAGGGAGAAGACGAGGAUGAGGAACAGGAAGUGGAAGUAGAGGAAGAGGAAGUGGAAGUAGAGGAAGAUGAGGUGGAGGAAGAAGAGGUGGAAGAAGAGGAGGUGGAAGAGGAAGAGGAGGAAGACGAGGACGUGGAAGAACAGGAUGGGGUGAAGAAAAACGAAAAAAUGAGAAAAUGAUGAGAAACAUAAAAUAUUACUCAAAUAAGUCAAAUAUUUAGUAAUUCCGAGCAAUUUAACGUCCCAAGUCGAUACGUUAAACCUGUGAAUGGUCGUGGAGAUGAAUAAGAAUUUUUUUAUAAGAUAUGGUAGGUGGUUAGAGAAAUGAAGAUUAAAACAAAUGCGUCUGAAACUUUAUCUGCAAACUCGGUACGAAUUAGUAAUUAGACCAAUAUGGCCUGUUGGAAUAGAUCGCUAAAUUUAAUGUUUUAAUGAUGAAGCGAUAGCCGUAAUAAAUUUCCAACGUCUGUAAAUUUCUAGGUGUUUUGUUUAUUCGAAUUACCUUAUAAAUAAUUAUGUAUCGACAUCUUCAUCAUUUUGAUACAUACUCGUAUAUAAUUUCCUGCGACAAGCGACCUAUUAGGUACUGCGAUAGAAGGGAUUACGAACUUUGGCAGGUCACAGGAUUAAGACUCCACGUAUUUGCUCAUAUUUCGUAAUCUAGGCAAGUAGAAUCGUACAAAGAACGAAAUUGAGUAUGUUACCGCAAUGCCAGGAACGUCACGAAUUUCACAAUCGAGGUGACAAUAAACAGCUGAGCACUUGAAGUACAGUUUUAGUCUGUCAAUCCUCCGGUCAGAUUGAAUGCAGUCACCUUGAAUAUAAGUUUUAUCCUGUGUUGAAAGUUAAUAUCACAAAUGAGAUUGGCUAACAGCUACAUGGUGAGUGAUAUCGGUGGAAAGUGCAUUGUUAGAUCGUUGGCCUGUGCAGGUAAAGUAUUGAAGGGUUCAACAAUUGUGAUUCUGAACAGCAUGAUUGCAAAACUUCCAUGCUUGAGGUUAUUAAUCUGUUGGUUGAUUCGAUCUAGUUGAUGUUACGCACAUGUCACUGCUCGAUUUUUGGUUCUACGUAAACUUACGUUACUUGUCUAUCGUAUAUCUUCUUAUGUGCAAAAUAAAUGCUAUAUACGAGAA